AUGUCUCAAAGGCUCCUGCAGCUCAACUUAAACCACUGCUUGGCGGCCCAAGAGCUACUGAAGCAGACGGUUAGAGAGUUAAAGGUGGAUGCUGCUUUGCUGAGCGAACCAUAUAAGAGAAUUCAUAGUCCAAAGUACGUCGAAGACACGGAAGGAAAGGCGUCAAUAUGGGUAUGUGGCCUGGAACAGCCCCAGCUUACUGAUGUGCGCUCAUCGCAAUUCGCAUCCGUCAUGGAGGAGAUAGCACUCGAUGUAAGGGGAAAGCCACAGGUGAUCAUCGCUGGUGACUUCAAUGCCUGGGCGGAGGAAUGGGGUAGCAGCCGGACAAACGCCCGAGGACAAACAGUGUUGGAAGCCCUUGCCACAUUAGACCUGGCCCACAUGAACCAUGGCAACCAACACACUUUUACCAGAGCUGGCACUGGAUCGGUUAUAGAUCUAGCAUUCGUUAGCUAUCCAAUUGCUAGAUCAGCGAAAUGGGCCAUUAGCAAUGUCUACACAGCGAGUUAUCAUAGGGCGAUCACGAUAGAUUUGGACCAUACCGAGUCACCGCGAGCAAACGGAUUACAGAGCGGAACGGCUUACAAAGUUGACACCCUGGACCCGGAAGCUUUCGCUGGAUCCUUUGCAGUUCCCAACUGGAGUGACAACGCAGAGGUGAGCGCCGAGCUGCUCAUGCGUUCAAUAACGGAUGCCUGCGACGCUAGCAUGGCGGCGAGAAGAUCGUGCAAAAGACACCACGUACCAGUAUACUGGUGGAACCAGCAGAUCGCAGACGUAAGAAGGCGAUGUAUAAGAUCGCGAAGGAUCCUGCAACGUUCACGAGGCAGAGCUGAUUUUGAGGCAAGAAGGCUGGAGUACGCGCUUAAUCGCAGGCUGCUGAAGAAGUCCAUCUUGAGCAGCAAGAAGGAGAAAUUCCUAGAACUUUGCGACGAAGCCGACCGAGACAUCUGGGGAAUGGCCUACAAAGUGGUGCUUAAAAACUCAAGCGUCCUAAACGGCAUAGUGGAUUCUCUGUUCACGGGCUCAUUCACUGUUCCAUCAGUGGAAGAUCACGUAGAGCACCGGCUCUAUACGGAGGUCCCAGAGAUUACGGUAGAGGAAGUAAUGCUGGCAGCGGCAAGAAUCAAGGACUCCAAGUCACCUGGGCCGGACGCGAUCCCAAAUCGUGCGCUGAAGAUGGCGAUCAGGCUCCAUCCGCAGUGCUUUACAGAAGUUUUUGACAGUGUAUGA